AAUUGGACGCUCGCUCGUGCACUCACGCUGUAACUGCGACUCUCUCAGCUCCAUCACAUCCACUUCUGUCCUGCGGAGUCCCUCUUCCUCUUUUUGAAGGAGCGCUACUGUUUUUGCACAUCCUUCACAAUAACCAGCCUUUCGGAGUUCUUUUUACCCUCGAGUCAAAUCUCCUUUCAUUCAAUGGGUCCGCGUGUCGUGCUGCUGUGCUCUCUGUUCGGAGUUCUUCUUGGCCAAGGAAUAGAGCAGAUGUCCAUAGAGGGCUGCUGUAAAGAUGGCCAGAGCCGGGGCAACGAUAACGAAGAUUGUGCGGCCCUCCCUCUGAUCUCCGAGUCCACCACAUGCAGGAUAGUGCAGGAGCAGUGCUGUGUGACAGUGCUUGAAGAUAACAUGUGCACCACUGGUAUCAACAUGGCGAAAGACCAAGGAGCCUGUGACUCUUUGUUCACCAACACCUGCGAGAAAAAGACCACAAAGAUGUGCUGCGACUGUUGUCUCCUGGGGAAGGCGACCCUGGAGAAGGGUCUACCCUGUGACCACACCCUGUCGGUGGGCUACCAGUGUGGCUUGGUGUCCCGAGCAUGCUGUGUACACGAAGCCGCAGAUAACCAGACCACACCUACACAAAAAACGGAAUUACCUAACAAGGAUGAAACCCAUGAAAAUGGAGAUAAUUCAGUUUUAAGUGAUCAGUGCGAGGGGAAAUGUGCUCAUUCUUGUGUUGGCAACCACACUUGUACCUGCUUUAAAGGGUACAAACUCAAACCAGAUGGAAAGAGCUGUGAGGAUAUCAAUGAGUGUUUGCUGGGAGCCAGCAACUGUCGGGGGGGCGAGCGCUGUAUCAACACUGAGGGCUCUUUCCGUUGCCAGAGAGAGGUCAGCUGUGGGACUGGCUAUGAACUCACUGACAACAACAAUUGCAAAGAUAUUGAUGAGUGUGAGACUGGCAUCCAUAACUGUGGCCCAGAGUUUGAGUGCCAAAACACCCAGGGGUCAUUUCGUUGUUCCCCUAAGGUCAAGUGUGGUGGCGGCUUUAUCCAAGAUGCCCUCGGCACCUGCAUCGAUAUAAAUGAAUGUGUCAGUCAGACAGGCCCAUGCCACCAAGGGCAGAUCUGUAUCAACACAGUUGGCUCCUACAUCUGCCAGAGGAACUCCGUUAACUGCGGUCGAGGGUACCACCUCAAUGAGGGGGGCAACCGCUGUGUUGAUAUUGAUGAGUGUAAGGACCCUGAUAAGGUCUGUACAGGUCACGGGUGUGUCAACCUGAUAGGCUCCUACCGCUGUGAGUGUGAGGCUGGCUACAUCUUCAACAGCAUCAGUCGGACUUGUGAGGAUAUUAAUGAAUGCAGACACUACCCUGGCCGCCUGUGUGCUCAUAAGUGUGAGAACGCUCUGGGUUCCUACAAGUGUAGCUGCACCACCGGCUUCAAGCUUUCUGUUGAUGGCAGGAAUUGUGAUGAUUUGAAUGAGUGCGACAGCAACCCGUGCAGUCAAGAGUGCGCCAACGUGUACGGCUCCUACCAGUGUUACUGUCGCCGUGGCUACCAGCUCAGUGACAUAGACGGAUUGACUUGUGAAGAUAUAGAUGAGUGUGCACUGCCUACUGGAGGUCACAUUUGCUCCUAUCGCUGUCACAACACCCCUGGCAGCUUCCACUGUUCCUGUCCUGUCGAAGGCUACACCUUAUCAACCAAUGGGCGCAGCUGCCAGGAUGUUGAUGAAUGUGUAGCAGGAACACACACAUGCCUGGUGGAUCAGAGCUGCUUUAAUGUACAGGGAGAAUUCAAAUGUCUUUCCUUUGACUGUCCGUCCAACUACCGACGCGUGGGAGAGACUCGAUGUGAACGCUUGCUUUGCAAUGAGUCUGACGAGUGCCUGACCAUGCCCCUGAGAAUAACCCACUACUACCUCACCUUCCCCACCAAUAUCCCCGUCUUCACCAACAUCUUCCGCAUGGGCCCCUCCCAAACCGUGGCUGGCGAUGAAAUCCAGAUUGUUAUCACCGCUGGCAACGAGGGCGGGUUCUUCAAGACAGAGCAAGUGCCCAGCGGCGGCGUGAUGUCGGUGGCAAAGCUCAUCAACAAGCAGCAGGACUUCAAUCUGUCUCUGGAGCUGAGGCUGCGUCGCUACGGCACGCUCAGCACAUACAUGGCUAAAGUGCAGGUGUUUGUUACCCAGGAUGAGCCCAGAGUACCUUACAAUCCCCUACUAGAAUAAACACAACCAAUAUGAAAGGUUACACAAGUUACUAAACUCUUAAAAAGGAUGUGUCAUCUUCAAUGCAACGUCUUGUGGAGAAAACAGGACUUUUUAACACAGAAGGUAUGUGAGAUGAGCAUACAGUAUUUUUUAUAGCAAAGCAAGGUUUUGCAAUGCCGACUAUCCGGGCAAUUAUAAAUGGAUAACUCCAAAUGAUUGAUCAUUAUCGGUCCAGUAUGCAUGUUUAUAACUAAAGAUUAUCAAUGUUUCUUUCAUUCAUUGAUUUAUGCCACUAGUUUAGGUCUGCCUAAAACUGUAUUGGCCUAUGGGUUCAUGGCCUCGGCGCCAAAAUGAGCUGUGGGCACCUAAUGUUUGCUGUAUCCCUUGCUUAAGUGUCUAUUCAAUUUCCUUUUUUCCAUCAAAUAUAUGCAAAUAUUUCCAAUGUGGACUGACACUUAAAAAAACAGGGAAACAAUAAACCUCGAUCUGACACUCAGAAAGAAAGUGAGUUUGAGUUUCCUAAAAUGUCAAACUAUUCCUUAUACACAUUAGCAACAAACUUACAGUGGGAAAUUACAAGCCUUGUCUAUUUCCUUUUCUAUAUUGUAAAAAAAUACCCCAAAUAUGACUCUGUUUGUCACUAAGCUCAUGUUAAAGAUGACACAUCAUUUUUUUAAAGAGUGAAUUUGACAUAACAAUAUAACAAACUAAAUCAGAAAACAUAAGCACAUGUUUUAGUACUGUAGCAUUUCUCAUAAUCAACUUUUUAACACUAGAAUAAGGAUCUUUAUUUAGCAGUAUGAAUAAGGUCCAGUUGAAUGUAUCUUCUUGGAGGUAAGGCGCUGUGCUAGCCGCUAGGUGGCGUUCUAGGUCAGGGUAAAUCAUAAAAUGGUAACGACCCAUGUCUGCCUACAACUGAGUGUAAUUUGAUGAUGGUUGCAUGAUAAAGUCUGACGUUUUGCAGCAUUUUAUGGUUUAUGUGUUGGAUGAACAGUUUUCUAUUAAAAUUGAAAUAGAAAUAA